CUCUGGCCAGCUGCGUGAUUACAAGAUCCUGCGUUCGCCCAUUAAUAUGCUCUUGAUGAACAUUUCCCUGAGUGACCUCAUGGUCUGCAUCCUGGGCACUCCAUUCAGCUUUGCAGCAAGUACACAGGGACGCUGGCUCAUUGGGGAGGCUGGCUGCAUUUGGUACGGAUUUAUCAAUUCACUUUUUGGAACAGUAUCUUUGGUAUCUCUGGCUGUAUUGUCUUAUGAACGUUACUGCACCAUGCUUGGGAGCACAGAAGCAGAUGUCACAAACUACAAGAAAGCUUGGCUUGGAAUCCUGGUUUCUUGGUCCUACUCUUUGUUCUGGACUUUGCCUCCACUUUUUGGAUGGAGCAGCUAUGGUCCAGAAGGGCCUGGUACUACUUGUUCAGUGAACUGGCACUCACGUGAUGCCAUGAACACAUCAUAUAUUGUGUGUCUUUUUGUUUUCUGCUUGGCCCUACCCUUCUUCGUGAUUGUUUACUGUUAUGGAAGACUUCUGGUUGCCAUCAGACAGAUCAGUGGUGUUACCAAAGUAGCUGCACGUACCCGGGAACAGAGGGUCCUCAUUAUGGUCAUUGUGAUGGUUAUCUGCUUUCUUCUCUGCUGGCUGCCCUAUGGAGUAAUGGCUUUGAUUGCUACAUUUGGGAGACCUGGACUCAUAACCCCUUCUGCCAGUAUUAUCCCUUCAGUUCUUGCUAAGAGCAGUACUGUGUACAACCCCAUCAUCUAUAUCUUCCUCAAUAAGCAGUUUUACAGAUGCUUUGUUGCCCUUCUACAUUGCAGUAAUGUACCCCAAAGCACCAGUACUAAAUUUUCCUCAAAAUCUACUAAGAUCUGCUUGGCUUCACGUAAACUUCCAGAUAACAUUACAAUCAACGCUUCUUCAUGCAGACAUCCUACCUCAGAAGAGGAGAAGACUCCAAGCAAAGACACAGGAACAAAGCAGACGACCCAACGAGAGACCAACUAUCAAAUGUGUACAUUUCAGCACAGCCCAGCUGUGACUCUUGUAGUUCAAUAUACAGAAUGAUGUUCAUCUUUCAUGGGAAGGCCAGGAGGACACUGAGCAGAGAAUGCUGUCUGCAACAAGGUUUCCAGCCAUAAAGACCUUAUACGGUGUUUGAAAUGUGUUAGGCUAUGUUCACACAUAAAAUUUUGAUCAUUAUUUUUAGCCAAAAAUAGAAUCUCUUCUCUGUUUUGGACUCAAUCCUGGUUUUAGCUAAAGUUACUGACCAAAAGUAUGUGUAAACCGAGCCUUAAAGUGGUACUUCACUGGCCAGCAUUCGGAAGUAGAUGUUCCGAACGCUGU